UCAGACCAAGGUUUAUUAAGCCAAACCUUUUCAAUAUUAUAUUAUAUGCAAUCAAAACUCCAGGCCUAUUAAAAUACAGAAAUGUCCCUUUAUUGAAGCUUCAAAUCAGAAGCUAACUUUAACAACAUCUCUGCGCCCUGGAGCGGAAAAAGAGCCACACUGGCUAACAACGUGAGCUACAACAGGAUUCGUUUAUCAGUCUCCAGCGCACACUUGACGGUAUCAUGGAGGAGGAAGCCCCCGCGGACGGUGAGGCGGAGACCCUCCUUUCCGCAGAGACCUACGCCGCCGAGGCCAUGGCUGCGGACAUGGACCCCUGGAUCGUUUUCGACUCCAGAAAUACCCCCCGGUCCGAGUUUGACGGCUGGCUGGAGAGCAAUAGACCCUCCCAGGUGUACCGGUUUGGGGACGAGGACAACGGGGUCAGUCGCGUGGGGUGGAUAGCCGUGCUGGGUCCCAACCACUGUCCGUCUACAGGUGACGUGACUGGUCUCCAGGAGAGCUGGGACAAACUACUGGCCAGUUCCCGGCCUGUCACCUUCCAGACUGUAAAAGAACUGGCCCUCAACCACGGCGUGCUCUCCGGAAAGUGGCUCAUGCACUUGGCCUCUGGCUUCAAGCUGGACCAUGCGUGGGAAUGCGUGGCCAGAGCAGCUUUAGAGGGGAAAAUCUCCCUGGUCAAAGUGAGUCCUUACAACCCCAAGGCGGAAGGCAAGCAGGUGAUCUGCGCCUAUAACCAGAACUUCACAGACGAAGGUGAAGUGGUACGGCUGGACUCCUUCAUCCGGGCCACGGGAGUCAAAUGCCCCCUCUCCUACAAGCCAGACGUCUACACCUACCUGGGGAUCUAUAGGAAUAACCGCUGGAAGCUCUGCCCCACCAUCUAUGAGAGCAAGUUUGACCUGGAGUGUGUGCCAAGGCGCUCGCACAUCAUCAACAAAGUCACAAAUCUGGAAGUAACAUAAGGAAGAUUAGUUGGGUGCCUUUUCCCCCGGACUGAUUUUAAGACGAGGCCUUUGAGUGAACCUGUGCAGUAAUCAAAACUGAUCGAGUUUGGAUCUCAAGUUCUUCCAUUUCUUUUGACUGGCACAUUUUCUAAGUUCUACCAGGGGUGAUUGCUUUGAAUAGGUUCCUUUCAGGAAUAAAGCACUUAAGGGACUGGC